CACACUGCCGCGCUCACGCGUGUGCCCGCCUCACUUCGCUUGGCCAGACGCUGCCCACAUCCCCCUUUCCUCUCCUCUUCUCGCCGCCACCUCCUGCUCUAUCGGUCUAUCCCUCCGCUUCCUCACGGCGUUUCACGACAGCCAAGUCAAAGAUCGAGUGACUGUUUGUUGUGGUCGGUAGGUAGUGUGCGAGAGAGAUGGGGGCCGUGUCUACCGCGACAAUGGCGAGCUCGCUUCUCCUCCGGCCGCGCGCGCUCCCGCCUCCUCAUAGCCGCCGGGCUUUGGCAGCUCCGCGGCUUCAAGCAACCACUCAACAGAACCCGGGCCUUUCGGCGAGAAGCGACGGCGAGCGGAGGCGGCCGGCCGAGACGCGACUCUACUCGCUGGCGCCCUACCCUCUCCUGCUCGCCGCGUUGCUGCCUGGAGCUGAGCCGGUGACCGCCGUGUUCGCGCCGAUCGUGGAGCUGGUGAAGACGUGGGACCUCCCCGGCUGGCUCGUGCACUGGGGCCACCCCGGCAACAUGGCUGUGGUGCUCUUUGCAAUGGGUGGGUACGGGACAUACUUGGGCUUCAGGAUCAAACUAUCAGAUGAUCCUGAAGAGAAAGCCAAGGCCAAAGACCUCCACCCAAAGCUCCUCGCCGGUAUGUUCUUCUUCUUCGCCCUUGGCGCGACUGGCGGGAUCACCGCUCUUCUUACCUCAGACAAAUCAAUCUUUGAAAGUCCUCAUGCAGUAACUGGAGUCAUUGGCCUUGCACUCCUGACCAUUCAGUCUAUUCUGCCAACAUUGUUCGAGGGAAAUGCAGGGCUUAGGACUACACAUGGUAUUCUCGGCAGUGGCAUCAUGACUCUGUUUCUAAUCCAUGCAGCACUCGGCCUGCAGCUUGGGCUCAGUUUCUAACUUUUGGCUUGAAUAUCUGGGGGUUUGCUUCUUUCUGAUUUUUUUCGGACACUUGAACUCGCUCUCAGUAUGAUCACAGGAGGCAUCCCCGUAUAACUCAAAAUAAUGUAAGAGAAAGCAAAUUUAUUCUCCUUGUCUUUGUUA